AUGUCUGUGGAUCCCUUAUCCAGCAAAGCUCUGAAGAUCAAGCGGGAGCUGAGCGAGAAUACUCCGCACCUGUCGGACGAGGCGCUGAUGGGGCUGUCGGUGCGCGAACUCAACCGGCACCUGCGCGGGCUCUCGGCCGAAGAGGUGACGCGGCUCAAGCAGCGGCGCCGCACGCUCAAGAACCGCGGCUACGCGGCCAGCUGCCGCGUGAAGCGUGUGUGCCAGAAGGAGGAGCUGCAGAAGCAGAAGUCGGAGCUGGAGCGCGAGGUGGACAAGCUGGCGCGCGAGAACGCCGCCAUGCGCCUGGAGCUGGACGCGCUGCGUGGCAAGUGCGAGGCGCUGCAAGGCUUCGCUCGCUCAGUGGCCGCCCGCGGACCCGCGGCUCUCGUGGCGCCCGCCAGCGUCAUCACCAUCUCCCGUUGCUCUGCAGCCACCAGCCCACCCCAGGGCCAGGCUUCGCGCAGCCCCCCGGAACUGAGACUGAGCUGGGACCGCAUAGCCGUGGGGAGGGGCAUCCUUGGAAAGGCCUCUGCUCUGAGCAUGGGGGUGCCUGGCCUUCUGAAACUGGAGAAGUUGGUAGAAGUCACCGAGUGA